AUGUCAGUAAUACUUCAAUUUGAUUUUGAAUAUCCAUCACAUUUAUUGGGAGAUGUAUUGGUUCAAAAUGCUACACCACUUGCAGAGAGUAUCAAUAAGGAACCAGGAUUCAUUUCAAAGAUAUGGACAGAGAAUACAAAGACUGGUGAAGCAGGUGGAUUAUAUUUGUUUGAUAAUGAAGACAAUGCCAACAAAUAUCUUGCCAUGCAUGUUGAACGUGCCAAGAGUAUGGGUGCUCAAAACAUCCGUCAUAAAAUAUUCUACAUCAAUUCUACUCUCACCAAACUAACUCAUGGUGAUAAUAUGAAUAGAUUUAAUAAUAAUAAUAAUAAUAAUGUUAAUCAAUCAACAUCAUCUACAUCUACAACGACAACUACAACUACAAAGACAAAUACUAUUGCACCAUCACAUGCAUUACUUGGAUUGGCUGGUGCGAUGUCAAGAGUUGUAGAAUCAUCUAUUAUGUUUCCAUUGGAUACGAUCAAGACAAAGAUACAAUUCCAUGCUCAUACAACUGUCAAUGAACAACUAAAUAAGACUACAGCGGCGUCGGCAGAUGCUGCAUCAAAGAAUCGUCGAUUUGAUAAAGGAUUUUGGACACCUUUUAGUAGUAUUGUAAAGACUGAAGGAAUAAGAGGAUUAUAUCGUGGAUUCAUGCCACAUCUUUUAUAUGUUAUACCAUCUGCAUCUAUAUCAUUUGUAUGUUAUGAAUCAAUAUCAAAAUAUUAUCGUCAUUCUUCUUCUACUACUACUACAAAAGGUGAAGAAGAAGAGAUAAAUAAACAUUCAGUAUUGGUACCAUUGUUUGGAAUGACGAUUGCUAGAUUAUCUGGAUCAAUUAUUAGAACACCAUUUGAUAUCAUCAAGAUGAGAUUACAAGUAUCACAUGAUGUUCAAGUACAACAACAACAGCAACAACAGCAACAACAACAAAAGAUGACAAAUGGUGGUACGAUGAAACCAAACCAUCGAAUUGUAUCUGUAUCAUAUGGUCAGACACCGAUGGAAACCUUUACAGAGAUUGUCAAAAAGUCUGGUUAUGUGACGAUACUUAGGGACCUUCCAUUUAGUGCCAUCUACUUUAUCACCUAUGAUAUGACUAAAAACAUGUUGCUCAAGAAAAAUGGCGGGCAGGCCAACCCUCUAGUCUAUGUAUUGUCUGGAUCAAUCGCUGGAUCCACUGCAACUCUCUUUACCAUUCCAAUCGAUGUCAUUAAAACUAAACUUCAAACUCAAGAUAACUUACCAAAGCAAAAGAGAUUAAGUGGUGUUGUGAAUGGGUUAAAAUCAAUCUUUAAAAGUGAAGGUGUUAGAGGAUUAACAAAAAUGAUACACAUUGUACCAUCAGCUUCAAUAUCAUUUGCCAGUUAUGAGUACUUUAAAAUCUUAUUGACUCAACAACAACAACAACAACAACAACAACAACAACAACAACAACAACAACAACAGCAACAAUAA